GCCCUUUUCCGAUUUGGGCUCCCGUGUUCUCGUCCGCCUCCCUCGCAAAAUUCCAAUAAUGCCCCCGCGUCGGCACCUUUUCUUGGUCUCCCCGUCCGCCUUCCUGCUCGGACCGGAGACUCCUCUUUUCUUGUUUCCCAUCUUCCCCCUCUUCUUUCUCUUCUUAUAUGACUCCGUCCGCGGUCCUCCGAGCUCGCAAGCGAUGACGGAGGAGGAGAGGGGAAGAGAAGAGGGGAGUGGAGGGGCGCUCCAAGGCCUCAUCGAGGGCUCGAUGCCCCUUGUCGUCAAGGAGCUCGUCGCCGGUGGAAUCGCUGGAGGGAUCGCCAAGACCGCCGUUGCCCCGCUCGAGCGCGUCAAGAUCUUGUUCCAGACCAAACGACCAGAUUUUCAGAAUGUAGGAUUGUUGGGAUCUUUUAGGAGGAUUGUACAGACAGAAGGUUUAUUAGGAUUUUACAGAGGAAAUGGUGCCAGUGUUGCUCGGAUUGUACCUUAUGCAGCUUUGCAUUAUAUGGCUUAUGAGCAAUAUCGUCGAUGGAUCAUACUUGGUUUUCCUGAUAUUGGAAGAGGGCCUGUUCUUGAUCUUGUAUCGGGGUCGCUCGCUGGGGGAACUGCAGUUGUUUGCACUUAUCCUCUCGAUUUGGUUCGUACCAAAUUGGCUUAUCAGGUUGUUGGACCAUCAAGGGGCAAGUUCAGAGGACUAUCUCAUUCCGAACUGGUUUAUGAAGGAAUUCUUGAUUGCGUUUUCAAGACCUACAGAAAAAAUGGAUUGAGAGGCCUUUAUCGGGGUGUAGGUCCAACAUUAUAUGGAAUCUUCCCUUAUUCUGGUCUUAAGUUCUACUUCUAUGAGGAGAUGAAGAACCAUGUACCUGAACAGCACAAAAAGGACAUCACUGUGAAGCUUGCAUGUGGAUCUGUUGCUGGUUUAUUGGGUCAGACAAUAACCUAUCCUCUUGAUGUUGUUAGGCGACAAAUGCAGGUACAAGCACUCUCAACAUCUAACCAUGGAAUGGAUAAGGGAACGCUUGAAAGCCUUGUUACAAUCGUUCAAAAUCAAGGCUGGAGGCAACUUUUUUCGGGACUAAGUAUAAAUUAUUUGAAGGUCGUCCCAUCUGUGGCAAUUGGGUUUACAGUUUAUGAUGUGAUGAAGUCCUGGCUUAAAGUUCCAUCCCGAGAUGAAGCAGCCAUUCCGGUGGUGACAGAAGAAAGCAGCCGCCAUCCAGCGUCCCUUCGCUCUGGAUGAUCAAUUUUUUGACGCAUUUGUCCCCGACUCUUAUCCAACUUCUGCUUUUAGGGCAGUUUACCAUUCAUUCUAUAUGUACAGAUUGUUUUCGUAUUCUGUCUCUAAUAUUUGUUGGGUGCUCUUUUUCAACCAGAGCAUGCAUCCUGUACUAAUAGCUGAUAAUAAUCCAAUAAUAAGCUCAACCAGCUGAAAUGGUGGGCAGCGGCAAUUUUCAGAUGUUACUGGAAGAGUGACAGUUGAUGCAUUAGGGCUCCUGGUUCAUAUAAUUGGCCAGGAUAAGCUAAUAUCUCAUCAAUUAAAAUUAAAUUAUACUGAAUCACAGUCA